ACUUUGACGUUUAACGUCAUCUUGCUCCUACGAAACGGGGCUGAAAUCUAAUAAUGUAAUGUAUGUUUGAAAUUGUCUAAAAUGAUGAAUAUUAUAACUGUCAGUGAUUCCUAUUUAUCUCCUGAUUUAAGUUUUUUAGUGAAAUUUGUUUAGGGACUGUGAUCAAUACAAUAUUUCCCAAUUUAUUGUGCUACAGACUAUUGUGAGUGGUUAUUAUUUUCUAAUUGCUCUAGGAUAUUGCAAAAAUUGAGAAUGACGAGCACACUUAGCAGCAUAACAACGCAGGUUGCCAAUAUAACCUCCCAAGUUUCCUCUACAACGCCAGAACCACAUUUUCACAAUUCAGAACCGAUUUUUCUUCAGACAAAGUUAGCUCUAGGCAUCGCUGGAGUGUUUGUGUUUGCAGCCCUUUUUAUCACUUGUACACAGAUAUACCAUCAUCUAAGAUGGUACACAAAUCCAGCAGAACAAAGAUGGAUUGUGAGAAUUCUGUUCAUUGUACCGAUAUAUGCAACUUAUUCAUGGAUCAGUCUAUUAUUCUUCAACUCCGAAGGCUACUACAUAUAUUUUUUCACAGUACGUGAUUGCUAUGAAGCAUUUGUAAUCUACAAUUUCUUGUCUCUCUGUUACGAGUACUUGGGUGGAGAGGGGAAUAUUAUGUCAGAAAUUAGAGGAAAACCCAUUAGAUCUAGUUGUACUUAUGGCACUUGUUGUCUAAAUGGCAAAACGUACACUAUUGGAUUCCUACGUUUUUGCAAACAAGCCACUUUGCAAUUUUGCCUCAUCAAACCAGUUAUGGCCUUCGUAAUUAUCAUAUUGCAGUCUUUUGGUCACUAUAGAGAUGGAGAUUGGAGCCCAGAUGGAGGUUACUUGUACAUCACCAUAAUAUAUAACAUUUCUGUCUCACUAGCACUAUAUGGAUUGUUUUUGUUUUACUAUGCAACACGUGAUCUCCUGAUUCCCUUUGAGCCUGUGCUUAAGUUCUGCACAGUCAAGUCUGUGAUCUUUUUAUCUUUCUGGCAAGGUGUUGGUCUUGCCAUUCUUGAAAAAGCUGAGGUGAUAACCCCUAUUAACGACAGCACAGGUACAGGUACGGUGUCUGCUGGUUAUCAGAACUUCCUCAUCUGCAUUGAGAUGUUCUUUGCUGCUUUAGCAUUGAGGUCAGCAUUUCCCUAUCGCAUUUAUAUUCAAGGAAGUGUAACUGAUUCCAGAGGUCGUUCUGUCACCAUGCAGAGUAUUUCAAGUAGUUUGAAGGAAACCAUGAAUCCAAAAGAUAUUAUGACAGAUGCUAUUCAUAAUUUCCAUCCUCAGUAUCAACAGUAUACUCAAUACAGUUCAGCUGCAGGUAAAAACCCGAGAGGGCAAAGAAUAUCAACUUAUGAUCCUGAUGACCCAAUGAGCCCUAGCGGAGGUACAGUUCCACAAUUCUAUAACAGCACUGACAAUCCUAGGAUACCACCUAUGUCUGCUUCACAUAAGCCCAUGAAUUUAAAUUAUACAGAAAAAACAAUGCUCUUAAGUUCUGAUGAAGAAAACUAGUAAAAAUUAGAGCAAACUUCUUCCCACCUGUGGUUGUUGUAAUGAUAAUUGAUCCCGAACAUAUUGAAAGACAUAGGGAUAUAGAUGUUAUUCAUGCACUCAAUCUUGUCGAAAUGGAAUCUUCAGGUAUCCUGUUUAUUCAGCUAUUCAUUUCAAUGUACGAAUUCUAUACUAUAAUUUUUGAAAAUUAUUUCAUUUAGUUAUAAAUAAGGUUGUAAACUGAUAUUUCGCUCAAAAAUUACUUGUCCAAAUUACACUUUAAUAGAAAGUGAGUAGAAAAGAAUUAAUGCUUAUGUUGAAGAUAAAUAUUAACUGAACUAACAAAUAGUACCUAACUACUCAUAAUGAAGCCUUAUUUUUCUGCCAAUUUGAUAAAAGCUUUCUGAAAUUAUAGUAAACACGUUAAAAAAGUUUCUGGUGAAUGAUAUCAAGGAUGCUAUCUAUGAAUAGCUUUUUUAGUUUUAUUGAGAAAGAAUAUUUUUGUACUUAUUAUAUUGCAUCAAUCAGGCAGUACCUUUGUUUGUAUUAUUAGAUUAUUCGUGAGAGGAAUAUACAUAAUCUAGUUUUAUAUUCUGAUACUCAUUCACUUUCGCUGAGCCUGACGGCUCAGAGCGAUGAUUAUCUAAUUUAGAUCACAUUUUGUAUUUCAUAUUGGGAAUAUGGUAAAAUUAUAUAUAUGGAAAUAUCUAGAGACAGAUCUUAGUGAUCUUAUACCUAUAUUAUUAGGAAAUGAAUGUACACUGAAGAAGAGGAAAUUGAACCAAAGAUAAAUUUAUUAAUAUACCUAUUUUUCAGUUAUUGUUUUGGAAUAUUUUCCAUUAAUGUUAUGAUAAACGUACUACCAAAAAACGAUGUGCAAUCAUUCAAUCAAAAUAUUUCGAUAUUAUUUAUUCAUCUCAUUUAUGUCUGUUAUAAUAUCAAAUAAACAUUGUUGUGACAA